ACCCUUAUAAGGAAUACGCAAAAUUGUCUAAUUCCCUCAAAAUUAAAAAAAAAAAACUUAAAAUGUUCAUGUGUUUAUUACUUUAUUAGAAAUGAUUCUGUUCGACGUUCUUUUAAAACGUUUAGGCGGCGCUGGUCUCUCGCAGGUUGUUCUGUCCUUUUUACUCGGAUAUUACAAUGUUACCAGUGGAAUUAACGGUCUAGCUACUGUCUUUAUAGCAUAUGAACCAGACUCAAGAUGCAAUGUACCACCAUUAGAUAACAGUACAGCUUAUCCGAACCUGACAGAGCCAGACAUUUUAAACUACACAACCCCAUACGAUGUUACUAAGCAAGCAUAUGAUACCUGCAGCAGGUACGGGUACGACUUGAACACUUGCAACGGAGACUUGACGUGUGUCAAUCAAACUUAUCCACCAGUGGUUUGCGAUAAAGGAUAUCAUUACGAUAAAUCACUAUUUACAGAAACCGUGGUCAGCGAGUUCAAUCUAAUAUGUGACCGCAAGUAUUUAAGUUCCCUGUCCACUUCACUCUACUACGCUGGAAUGAUGAUCGGGUCUAUUCUCUUUGGGAACUUAGCAGACAUGAUCGGUCGCAAACCAACUAUAGUGUUGACAUUUAUUGGAGUUUUGGGUUCAAUGUUUGGUAUAACGUAUUCGACGUCAGUGGAAAUGUACAUGGCUUUCCGCACAGCCACAGCUGCAUUUGGUUAUGGAACAACUUUAGGAACAUUUGUAUACAUUAUGGAAGUGGUUGGAAGUGAAUGGCGGACGUUCUUUGGGAUCGGGAACCAAGCUUUCUUUACCCUUGGGUACAUGGUGAUGUCGGGGGUGGCGUAUAACUGGAGGAAUUGGCAUGACAACAUGUUAGUAAGUACCUUACUGGGUGUUCCGUUUCUACUUUUCGCCAUCAUUGUCCCGGAAUCGCCACGUUGGUUAUUUUCUAAAAAUAAAAAUAAGGAAGGGAUUAAGGUUACAAAGUUAUUGGCAAGGAUAAACAAAGUCACGAUCACUGAUGAAGACUGGGAAGAAGCCAGAAAAGCAGGAGAAGAAAUAGAGAAAGCUAAAGAAAGCACAUCAGAAAGAAAAUACUCGACACUCGACUUAUUUAGAUACCGUGGGACGUUUAUCAUAACUAUUAAAGUAAUGUUUAACUGGUUUGUGAACAGUUUCGUAUAUUACGGAAUUUCAUUGAACGCCGGGGCACUGGCUGGGGAUAUUUUUGUGAACAACACAUUAAACGGGGUUAUGGAAAUGGGGUCUUUUGUUCUUUGUAUUUUGUUAAUGGACCGAAUUGGACGGCGAAUUCUUCUCUCAGGGAUGAUGUUUUUAGCUGGCAUUGGACUCAUUAUAAGUCUUGUUGUUAAUGAAUACAAAGGAGGCAACCAAAGUCUAGAGACUUUAAGUUUGGUAUUCGCGUUUGCAGCCAAGAUAGGAAUUUCUGGUUCUUUUGGCGUCAUAUAUAUUCUUACAACUGAGCUCUACCCUACGGUAAUAAGAAGUAACGGAGUGGCUGCGGGCUCGGUAAUGGCGCGCGUUGGUGGGAUUAUUGCCCCAUUUCUAAUCGCUUUGCAGGAUGACAUCACAUGGUUGCCCAACGCUAUUUUCGGAGUACUUGCUAUAUUGGCGGCAUUCGCAUCUUUAACUUUCCCGGAGACGAACGGUAACGGGAUGAUGGAAACCAUUGACGAAGCUGAAAUAUUUUACAAAACAAGGAAAAUAAACAGCCAAGCAUACGAAAGUUCUGAAGAAGUUGGCAUGGAGAAAAAGGACACCGGCCACGAUAACACUGCUUUCUCUUCUAUAAGUGAUAACGAGACAAAAACUGCAAAAUUUUAACUCCAUUUUUUUUCACUUUUUCGUAAUUUACAAUUUUCAAAUUAGAUUUUAGAAUUAGCCACGUUUAUUUUUCAUUAGUGUUUGCGACUGUAAUGUUUUGUCGUUACAAGUUACAACUAACCACUGGACUGUAAGUUAAAAUAAGCAUAAGCUAUAGGCUACAUAACUUGCAUAUAAAUAUACAUUGUUUUAUUAAAAAUGACGAUGCCAUUUAGGCGAAAUACCUA